GGAAGUAGAAGCAGCAUAUCUAUCUAGUAUCUACAUUUCUCUCUCUCUCUCUAUCAAAGUUUCCUCCAUCUCUCAAACUCCUCUAUCUUUCACCUUCUUAUUAGGGUUUCUUGUUAAUCACUUCGUACACUCAAAAACACUAAAAAAAAACCUAUAAACUUGAACAGAAGGGAUGCGUUUGUGUUAGUUUCUACACAUCAUAAAUACAUCAUAAAUCGUAGAGCAGAGUACAGUAGUUUUUUUGUGUGUGUGUGUGUUUGUUUGUUUCUCUCUCUAGUAGGAUCUGUUUUGGUUCAACGAAAAAGAACAAAUCUGAAGAAAAGGGAGGCUAUGCAAUCAGAUUAUGAAAUGGCUGGGAUCCAUCAUCAGAGAAACAGAAACCAACAGCCACAAGUGGAGCAGCAGCAGCAGCAACAGCAUAGAUUUAUAAUGGAAAAUGCUUCAACUUCUUCACCAUUUUUUCCAAUAAACUAUAAUCAUCACUACCCUCCUCAACAACCAAAUCCUCUUCUUCAACCUUUUACUCAACAGUUUUUCCAAUACCAACAUCUCCAUUACAGAUCCAUUUUAGAACAACAACAACAUCAAGAUAUAAGGCUAGAGCUCAACGCAGAAGGCGAAAAUCAUCAAGUUCAAGGUGUUUCAGUCCCAUUUUUUCCUUUAAGUUUCAAGGAAGAUAGUAGUAGUAAAGGAGAAAGAGAAGAAGAUGCUUUGAUUCGUGGGAGUGAGGGAUACAGCAACGAGGCUCGACAAACUUCUCUAGCUGUGUCUCAUUGUUGGCAAAACCAAGAAGAUUCUGCUAUUAAACAACCUUUCUGGAAGCCUCUUUGUGCGGAAUUUUCAAAUGGGAAUAAUAACAACAGCAAUGAAAGUGAAAAGAACAAACAUGAAGAGGAUCAAGAAAUGUAUCCUGAAGAAAUCCAUCAGCAGCAAAUUAUUAAGAGCUUAGAAGAAAAUAAAUGUAGAGUAGUAUUUGGUGAGUUAGAAGCCAUUUAUGCUACAAAUGCUGACAACACCAAUACUACUAAUAUUCAUCGAAUUGCAUCUGAAUCUGUUCUCACUGCUGAAGAUUUGCCAAUUAAUAAUAACAAUAAUGUCUCUUUUCCUGUGGCAACUUUCAACGAUUCUAAUCAAACCAGUGGGCCCACUGCCAUUGCUACAACAACUCCUGGUGCAAUUGAUAUUGGAUCAGAAAGUGCAUCAGUUGGAGAAGCAACAAGGGAAGAUGAAGUUCAUAAUAAAAGGAAGAGAAGGAGAAAUGCAAAAGAAGGAACAAGUAUUACAAUGGCAAGAUUUUUCGAAUCCUUAGUAAAGAAACUCGUGAACCAUCAAGAAGAUCUUCAAAAGAGGUUUAUGGAAACGAUUGAGCGAUUGGAUCAAGAAAGAAAAGAGAGAGAAGAAACUUGGAGGGAGCAAGAAUUAGCAAAGCUUCAAAAAGAAGCAGCUGUCAGAGCUCAAGAAAGAACAUUGGCUUCAAAUAGAGAAGCUGCUCUUGUUUCUUACUUAGAAAAACUCACUGGUCAAAAGAUCAAUUUUCAACAUGGAUCAGAAUUACCAAUCAAGAAUGAAGAUAAGAGUUGUAGUAGCUUGGCAAAGUUGAAUAACAAGAGAUGGCCACAAGCUGAAGUUGAGGCCUUAAUUCAGAUAAGAAAUUGCUUGGAAUCUAAGUUUCAAGAGGCUGCAGGUUCAAAAGGGGUACUUUGGGAAGAGAUAAGUAACUCAAUGGCUUCAUUGGGAUUUCAGAGAAGUGCCAGAAGAUGUAAAGAGAAGUGGGAGAAUAUGCAUAAAUGUAGUACGGUCAAGAGAACAAAAGAAAUCACGAGGGAACAGUUAAAUGAUGGAAAUAAUAGUAUUGACUUUGUAAUUCAAGGAAAUGAUACUGUUGAUGAUCAUUUGGGUACUGUCAACCUAACUGAAGGAAACAAAAGGGAAUAGUGAAAAAGAUAACAUGGAAAUGGUGAGAGCGAAAAUGGAAAUGGGAAAGAAGAAAUGGAAGAAAUAGAAGAAGGUGAGAUAUGAAUUAAGGAUUCAUUUCAUCAGAAUCCAGACAAAUGAGACAGCCAAGCUAAGAACAUUACUGGUUCCUUUCAGGUGUCGGCUUUUUUGCUCUUUAAUUUUUGAUCAUUUCUUUUUUAUCUGUACUGGGUAUUUAUUUGUUCAUCCUGUCAUUUCUUUUUCUUCCAACACUGAAAUGAGUUUCCUUUUUAGAUGUCGUUUCUUAUAUUUUCUAGUGUAACUAUUGGUUUGAAAUUUGAAGAGUAUUCUAUAGGCCA